AUGUCGUCAACAAAAAUUAAACAUGUCCCACUUCCGGAGGGCCAUUCAGUAGUCAAGAGAUUACAGUCUGAACUAAUGCAGUUAAUGAUGUCACCAACACCAGGUUUAAGUGCUUUCCCAAAUGAUGAAGAAGACUUAACUCAUUGGUCUGCAAUAAUUACAGGUCCUAAAGAUACACCAUAUGAUGGUCUUCGAUUUAAAUUAUCUUUCCAAUUCUCAGAUUCAUAUCCCUAUGCUCCUCCCCUCGUGAAAUUUAUUAGUCCCAUGUGGCAUCCUAAUGUUGAUAUGAGUGGGAACAUUUGUCUAGAUAUAUUGAAGGAUCAAUGGUCUGCCGUUUAUAAUGUGGAAACUAUAUUACUAUCAUUGCAAGCUUUAUUGGAAGAACCAAAUAAUAGUUCACCUUUAAAUGCUGUUGCUGCAGAACUUUGGGAUGAUGAUAUGAAUGAAUAUAAAAAAAGAUUACUAGCAAGAUAUGAAGAUAUAGGCGAUCAAUAA